AUGUCGUCUUCCAGCUGCUCAUACCUUGCUGUCAAGAGCUUUGCCUGGGCUAGUGGCUCGCUCGCCGUCGCAGCUCGAGCGAGGCCUGCCUUGCGUCCCGCCAACCAGUCCGACGUUCUUCACAUCUUUGUGCCUGGUCUCAAACCCGCUUCCUCGCACUUUUCCACCGCUAUCACAAAGCACUACCAUCAAAGACGCAAGGUCGAACAGACGCAAGCACUCCUCCACCGCCGAUUCGUCCGUUAUCACUCCACAGAGACCCAGCAGCACUCAUCCACUUCGUCAUCGUCCAACAGCCACAUCUAUGCUCCUCCCGCCACGUUAUCCAAAGAUGCCAACUCCACCGCCUCCUCGAGCUACCAGGGCCAGUCUGCCGGCGCUCCUCCCAAAGCGCCCGUUUCCAUUAGCCCACUGCCUGCCUCCACGAACACGGCAGCCGAGCUAGGCUCACCCGCUAACCAGACCUCCGCCUCGCAGACCAUGCUCGCAGAGCAAAAGCCCAAAGAAAAAGAGCUUGUCGACGCCAAAACGCCAAAGGGUCCGCUCACCACCCGCAUCUGGGCAAAGGUCAAAGAAGAGGCGCUUCACUACUGGCACGGCUCCAAACUGCUUGCCAAGGAAGUCAAGAUCUCCUCGCGUCUCCUGCGCAGACUCAUGCUCGGCUACAGCCUCACACGCAGAGAAAAGCGUCAGCUCAAGCGCACGUUUGCCGAUCUCUUGCGUCUCAUCCCGUUUAUCCCCUUCAUUGUUAUCCCAGCCGGAGAGCUUUUGCUGCCAGUAGCUAUCAAGAUCUUCCCCAACAUGCUUCCCAGCACGUUUGAGAGCAAGUUCUCGGUUGAGGAGAAGCGCAGAGGCCUCAUCAAGGUGCGUCUCGAAAUGGCCAAGUUCCUUCAAGAGACUAUCAAGGAAGGCGGCCUCCAGGCUACCGACAAGGUCAAGACCUCGGAAGAGUUCAAAGAGUUUUUCCGCAAGGUGCGAUCCACCGGCGAGUCGCCUAGUAACCAAGACAUCAUCAAGGUCGCGCAGCUCUUCGAAGACGACCUGACGCUCGACAACCUCACCCGUCCUCAGCUGGUCAGUGUCUGCCGCUACAUGCAGAUCCACGCCUUUGGCACCGACAACUACCUUCGCUACCAGAUUCGACACAAGCUCAACCGUAUUCGCCAGGACGAUAUUGUCAUUGGCCACGAAGGCGUUGAUAACCUCUCGCAAGCCGAGCUCGUCAGUGCUUGCCAGAACCGAGGCAUUCAGACCACCAACCUCUCCGAGGACCGUCUGCGUCAGGAGCUACAGCAGUGGAUUGACUUGCACGUCCGCAACAAGAUCAGCGGUACUCUGCUCGUACUAAGCAAGGCCUUCAACUAUGUCGCUGCCGGCAACAACGACAUGAACGCCCAGUCGCAUCUUCGCAGUCUCGAGCUGACGCUCAGCAGCUUGCCCGACAACCUCGUCAACGAAGCCGAGCUCAGCGUCAACAGCGAGGGUGCCACCAACAAGCAGCGCCUCGAAGUGCUCCAGCAACAGGAGGAGCUUAUCGAGGAUGAAGCCGAGCAGGAGCAAGAGGAAGCCGCUGCGCGCGAAGCCGACAAGGAACGACGCAAUGCCGAAAAGGCACGUCUCGCACGCGAGGAGGAAGAGGCACGUUCCUUGCUCCCCAAGAAGGAGACCGAUUCGGCGCUUGAGGAUCCGCGCAUGACCAACGAGCAGCUCACCGAGCUCGGCGAGGCGCUCAGCAUCCUCAGUGCAAAGUCGUCGGUGCUCAAGGAGCGCGAAGAGCUGCGACAGCUCAUCGAGGAAGUCAGCGGUUCUGAAGCUACCGCCGCAGAAGACAAGGCGUCAUCCGCGACCUCGGCUAGCUCCAGUGCCGACACUUCUUCUUCUUCCUCGGUUACAGAUGCCGACAAGACCGACUCGAGCUCCGCCCCCACGAGCUCAUCCGCACGCAGCAUGACCAAGCGCAUCAAAUCGAUGCUCGAAAAGAUCGAUAACCAGCUCGAAGAGUACGACCGAGACGUCGGCUCGCGCAUGCACCUCAUCGAGGCCUCUCACACAGGCAAGAUCUCGGUUGACGACCUCGAGCAAGCUCUGCGUCUGAUCAAGCACAAGCCCGAGGACGAGGUGAUUGAGAAGAUUGUCGACAAGCUCGACGUCGAUCACGACGGUCUAGUUCCGCUCGACGACGUCUUGGAGCUCGCCAGGGCCGAGUCGGGCCUCGGCAUCUUGCGCGACCAAGGCGUCAGGCAGAUCCACGCGCAGGGCAAGCAGAUUCGCGACGGCGAUGCGUUGAAGCCCAAGAAGAGCGACAUUGUCGAGGUGUAA